GUAGCCACAGCUACAGCGCUUGUACUUGGUAUCCUGUCGCGAUCAAGCCCAUCGUCAACUCAACUCUCACAAUGGCUUUGAAAUUCGCUCUGGCGAGCGCCAGCGUGCUGCUCACUGGAGCGCAUGCCAUGACUGUCGAAGAUAUGCUGGCUGCCCCACGACGCAGUGCCGCUAUCGUCAACCCUACUGGCGAAUGGGCUGCUUUCUCCUCGUCCACUUACAACUGGACGACACAUAAAGCUUCCACGACCUGGCAGUUGCUGAAUGUUGCCAGUGGCAAUGUCACAGAGGCUCCCUUUGACUCGGAAGUGUCCGAAUUCGUCUGGAUUGGGCCUACCGACACCAGCAUCUUGUACAUCAAUGGCACCAACGACAACAUUCCUGGAGGCGUUACGCUCUACACUGCUGAUGUUGCCGACAAAGAGUUCAGCCCUACCCUCGUUGGCUCGUUGAAUGCUCCUUUCACUGGUCUUAAGGCUGCCAAGACGGAGUCUGGCGACAUCAACUUCGUCGUGAACACUCUUGCUUGGUGGAACGGAUCUGCCUACAACGAGGAGACUGCCACCAAAGCGCGCAGCAGCGGCCAGGUGUUUGAUUCCAACUGGAUCCGUCACUGGAAUGUGUACAUGACUGAGCAGCGAUACGCUGUUUUCGGCGGUGUCCUCUCUGGUAGCAACGGCAGUUUAAGUCUCCAGGGAGAGCCUAAAAACCUUCUCCACGGUAUCAAGGACUACCUGACUCGUCCCGAGACGCCAAUCGUGCCAGGUGGUGAUCCAGGCGACUACGAAAUUUCCCCCGAUGGCAAAAAGGUCGCUUUCCUCACCAAAGCUCCUGAACUGCCCAAGGCCAACUACACUGCUGGCUACAUCUACGUCGUUCCACACGAUGCUUCUUCCGCUCCUGUAGCAAUCAAUGGUCCUGGAUCUUCUCGUCCUGAGGCUGCAAAGGGAGCGUCUAUCUCUCCUCGCUGGUCUCCAGAUAGCACCAAGGUGGCCUACGCCCAGCAGGAUGGCAUCUCUUAUGAAUCGGAUCGCUACAAGCUGUACGUCGCUUCCGUCGAUGGCAACUCUUCUAAAAUCACCCCCAUCGCCGAGAACUGGGACUCCAGCCCCUCAACGAUCCUAUGGAUUUCCAAUGGCACCGAUCUGUGGGUUAUUUCCGAGCUCCAUGCCGCUCAGCGUCUCUGGGUUGUUCCUGCCAAUGCCGAGGCCGACUUCAAGCCAAAGAACAUUACUGGUCCCCAGACCUCUGUGGCCGACUUUGCCCUACUUCCCUCUGGCCAAGCUCUCGUUUCGGCCUCGUCCAGUUGGACCUCCCGAAUCUUCUACACGGUUUCGGCGGCCACCACUGCCGACACCAAGGUUCUCUUGUCUGCCCACACGGUCGACCCAGAACUUGCCUCCCUCGGCCCCGAACGCACUUCCAACUUCUGGUUGCCCAACGAGGACGGCAAUCUGAUCCAGACGUUCGUCUACUACCCACCCAACUUCACCGAAGAGAAGCAAUGGCCGGCUAUCCUCAUCCCGCACGGUGGUCCUCAGGUCGCUAUGGGUGAUGUGUGGUCCACUCGAUGGAAUCUGCAGUUGUGGGCCGAGCAAGGCUUCGUGGUUUUUGUUCCUCAGUUCACUGGAACCCCGAGCUACAGCCAAAACUUUACCGAUGCCAUCACCAACAACUGGGGUGGAACCCCUUACCGGGAUCUCGCGAUGGUGUGGGACCACGUCGAGAAGAACAUCAGCUAUGUCGACAACGAGCGCGCGGCUUGCGCCGGCGCGAGCUUCGGUGGUUUCAUGACUAAUUUCAUUCAAGGCCACGACCUUGGUCGCAAGUUCAAAGCGCUCGUCACACACGACGGCAAGACGACGCAGGAGGGUUCGUACGCCACGGAGGAGCUCUACUUCAUCCAGCACGACCAGAACGGCACCAUCUGGGAUGACUACGAGAACUACCAGACAUGGAACCCUGUGCGCGACGCAAAGAACUGGGCUACACCCCACUUCAUCAUCCACAACGAUUUGGAUUACCGUGUUGUGUUUGCCGAGGGCAUGAGCGCCUUCAACAUCCUCCAAAGCCUGGGCGUCCCUUCCCGUUUUUUGCACUUUCCCGAUGAAGGCCACCAUGUGCUCAACCGCGAGAACAGCAAGGUCUGGCACGACCACAUCUUCAACUGGAUGAGGUACUGGGUUGGCCUGGACGAAGAGCUCAUCUCCGAGGGCGUCAUCCACCAGUAG